AUGAAUGUAACAACAAACGCUGUUGCUGACGCUUUCUCUGUAUUUGAUGUUACACCUGACCCAGAUGAAUUAGCAAGAAAGAAUAAAAAACCAGAUGAUUCAGGAAGUGUUACUGUUAGACAAUUAUAUAGAUAUGCUAAUUGGCUUGAUUUAAUUCUUCUUGCUAUUGGUAUUUUUGGUUCUAUUGGAUGUGGUGUAUUAACUCCAUGUCAAAUGUUAGUUAUGGGAGACAUGGUUGAUACUUUUAAUACAAAUGAUCUCUUGAAAGCCUUCCCUAGUCCAGAUGCAAUGUAUGAUCCACAAUAUUAUCUUCCAUUUAAUCAUCAAGUUACUGAAACUGUUUCAGAUACUAUUAAUGACCUU